UAUUGCUCAAAUAGUCAAAUCUUUGACUUUCUAAUAAUUUAAAAUAAUGGAAAAAUAUUUAUUUCUUUAUUUUGCUUUAUUAUUUUAACAAUACCAAUAAAUUCAAUAUAUACCAUACCAAUAAAUUCAAUAUAUCUGUUUGGUCAGACACUGGACACAGGACACUGUGCAAAAUCAGAUGACCGUGGCCGUGAAUUAGGCCAUUCAGCUUUAUUUGGGCACCGAUGUGCAUAUGCAAAUACAUGCUUACAUACAUAUGCAUAUCGAGAGCAUUGCAUAUUUGCAGAUUUACAUACAUACAUAUAUGUCACCGUUUUUCAAUUAUUUAAAAUUACAUAUGUACAUAAGUUUGUUCAUACGUUUCCACAUUUUGCUUUGCCUUUGCUAUUGAACAUACAUAUUGACAUAUAUACGUACACAUAAGCAUACAUAUUUCCAUAAGUACGCCCGCAUAUGCAUAUACGCUCAAACUUACAUAGCUAAUUAGAAGAAUUCCAAUGUAAAGCAAUAGACAAAAAAAGGUAUAAAAACCGGUGUUAGUCAAGUAUCAUGUAUCAUUUUGUUAGUAGAAGCAUAUGCAACUAAAUAAACGUGUAAUUAACAUAAUCUGGAACAAUAUCUAUUACAAAUCAUUUAGUGAAAGUCUACUAUGGAUCCAUUACCGUCUGCAUCGCAAGCAGCAACAACAUCAACAAGUGCCGAAAGUGACAGUAAUUUGAAACAUAUGCCUUCUCACGAUGUUGUUAAUUUUGGUAUGCCUUGUGAAUUGAGUGGACUCAAUCUACCAACAAAACAGGAUAUUUUAAGAUAUUAUUGUUACUUCGCUGAACGUGCUAAAUCCCAAAAUAUAAUGUUUUCAUAUAAAACAUUUACUCCCAAUGUGACAGACAAAUUGGUUGAAAUUUGGAAUAAAGUUGAUACUGGAAUUGUAUUUAAACCAAAUAUUUUUAGAAAAUUGAAUGCUUUGCUUGACAAAUAUAGAUUCGAAAGUAAACACAAAGCAACUAGCUCAAAAUUCGUAGCGUUCGUACAAUCCACCAAAGAAAUAUUUUAUAUUGGAAAAUGUAAAUGCGACUUGAAAGCAGCUCUGUGCUCAUGUGGAUUGAUUCCAGAAAACUUGAAAGAGUUCAUGAAGGAUCAACAUAAUGAAAGAAAAUUUACGAUACCGGAAUACGCGGCAGAAAUUUUUCAGCAAAUUCCAGUGUCUACCAUUAUACCAACAACUACCGACAGACAAGAUGAAACAUACGACCCAGAAGUGGAUAUGGAUUUGGAUGAUUCGUCACAACAUCUUCAACAACAAGAUUUAUCUCCAACCAAACGAGGACCAUAUACUGCUAGAUACGAUGCUUUGAAUUUUGCAAUGAUGUGUGACAGAUUUGGUGUGUCUGAUAGAGUAGCUGCAGCAUUGGCAACAUCACUAAUGAAAGACAUGGGCGUAAAAGAUGAGCAAGGCACUUUUAUCAUUAUGGAUAAGUCCAAAGUUCGUAGAGAAAAAGGCAAAUGUAGACAAGAAGUUCUUCGUCGAAAAUAUGAUGCUUCAAGUUUAAUUGCCUUUUCAUUCGAUGGCAGAAAAAAUUAUUCACUGACAAUGGAAAAAAUCGACAAAAAACUUCAUCCACGUAUGGUGAAAGAGCCUCAUCUAGUUGUGCUGAAGGAACCAAAUUCACAACUGUUGGGUUACACAAAAUUGGAACAUGAAGACAGCGAAAAUAAGGUCACAAGUUUGAAUCAAUUUUUUGCUAAUAAAGAAAUAUCACUGGAUUCUUUGAUUGGCAUAUGUUGUGAUGGUGAGCCAGCAAAUACUGGAGUAAGAAAUGGAAUUUUGCGCCGAUACGAAAUGCAUUUAAACAGACCCCUGCAUUGGUUUGUGUGUCUUCUCCAUUUCAACGAACUUCCUCUCCGUCAUUUGUUUGAAAAUUUGGAAAAGUCAUCGACCACUGGACCACGAUCAACAACCGGAACAUUGAGCAAACAAAUUGAAACUUGUGAAAGUCUUCCGGUGUGUAAUUCUUAUAACUUAUUUAUUACCAAUUCUAAACGUUUUGUCAGCAAUUAUGUUUCAAUACUAAAUGAUAAAAUUAUAUUUAAUUCAUCUAAUCUUUUCUAUUUUCAGCCGGUGACCAAUUUCGAACCAAUCACAUUUGAAAGUAUGCCUGAUUCGGGUGCUGUCGAAUUCACUACUGACUCUAAUUACUUGUUCAGAAUGGCAGUUGCAAUUUCUUCUGGUAUGGUUUCGACGGAUUUGGCCAACAUUAAGCCAGGACCAAUUGCACAUUCUCGCUGGCUCACCAAGGCCAGUAGAUUAUUGCGAUUGUAUGUGACCACCGCUAAGCCAUCCAAAAAUUUAACCAUUCUGUCAAAUUAUAUAAUGAAAGUGUACACGCCGAUGUACUUCCACAUUAAAUUUUACAACUCUGUCUGUACGGUAGUGUAUUAUUCUAUAAAUUCAUUCGUUGGACACAAUAUUUGGAUUCCAAUUUAAGACAAAUUGUGUAUAAUGUUGUCGAGGAAAACGCGUACUACGGUCACUCGGAAAACAUUUUAUUAGCAAUGUUGUUCGAUGAUGAGAAAAAAACGCGCAAUUUGGCGAUAAACAAAAUAAUACACUCCCGUAAUCAUGUGGAAGAUCCGAUGCAACUGAGAGUUUAUAAAAAACCCAUUAUAAAUUUCAAUUG